AGUCUGAAAGGGUUCGGAUUCUUGUGGUGUUUUCAUUGUUUUAGCUUUUUUUAGUGCCUCGUCAUGACCAUUUUACCAAAGAAAAAACAUUCAGAAUCCAAGAAGACUGAUACAAGUUCAAGCAAUGACAACAGAACGCGGAUACGCAAUAAUUCUUCUUGGACUUCAUCCGCUGGCGUUACCGAAAGAAAUCGCUCGACCGAAGAGUAUUCUGGCCAUGGCGAAGAGCAAUACCUAGGAAAUAGUUUUGAGAGUAGAGAAGCGGCUGAUGUAGCUUCUAACACUUCGAAGAGAAGGCAUAGAAGUCCUCCACAUCGACACAAAUAUCAUGAAAGGCACAGCGAAGAAGCGGGAAAUAACAGCUCCGACGAAUAUGAGUGUACCCAAACCGACCAACCUUUGUCGACGGAAGAGGUUGGUAUCGUUUUUGUUCUUACGCUUCUGGAGGAAAUUGUUGAGUGUUAACGCUUACGUUUUAUUUUUACUUGAUUUCUUGAAGAUGGAGAGACAGUUUGAACAAGCUCUUAAAGAAAAGAAAGGUUUUGUUAUCAAGAAAAUGGCACAAGAUGGUGCUUGUUUAUUUCGAGCGGUUGGUACGUAAAACACUUUCUACUUAUUAAUCAUCUCGCGGAAUAAGCGAAAGCUAAAUCAUAUUUUUUUUUUCACAUUUUGUCUUUCUUUUAUUCUCCUUUCCGUGGAAUCGUUUCUGUCCGUGCCUGUAACAUCUGGUCGAAGAGAAACGAUUUACCUCUCGAUAUGCGUUCUUCAUUUCGACUGGCUUUCAAGUUGCAUUAUCAGCUUUUAAUGUUGUACAUCUGACCGGCUUAUUGUGCAUUUACAUUUUUUGGACGAACAUGAUUUGGGAACUUCUAUUAAGACCAGAAAAUGGUUUUAAGCUCACUCUGAUCCCCGGAAUUAGCAGCAUCACAUGUGCACGUGUACCUUGCCCUCGUGGCGUUGUAUCUGUUAUACCUGUCUUAUAAUUUUCAUCCCGGUUUUAACGUGAAGUUUCUUUGCCAAUAUGCAAAUUAAUUUUUGCAGGUCUCGAUUGCAACCCAUUUGAUAAAAUUUUGAGAAUUUAAUUUCUACACUAGCACUUGAGUUUUCAUUAGCUUCUUUCACUGACAUUUGGUUGUAGGAAAAAAUUCUGAUUUGCAAUUUUUUUUCCUAUAAUUUGUGGUCUCAAUAUGGCUUGUUACAAAAGAGCAAAUAUAUAUUUUAAGGCCAUAGUUUCACCUGGGGAAAAUUCCAGAGAAGAUCAACUUAUGAGAUAUCAGUGGGGAACUGAAGACUUAGGAUUCUCAUGAAUGACAUCUUUAAAAUUGAUUGUCUGAAAAAUUGUCUUUGCAAAUUGCAACGUCUUUUCUUUCAUUAUCGCCAAUUUGAGACUUAAAAUUUUUUAUGAUUUUGAGGUACUUUACUCAUUUACUCUUUUUGAUAAUUUUUUUAUUUUUGCUUUCUGGUUUGCAACUUUUGUUAAUUUCUCAUGUCUGAUUGUUUUACAACAAUGCAACCACUAUUACUUGGAUGGAAAAGUCCUUAAAUGUUGUUUAACAUUGGGUAACAUAUGAAAGAACCACCUUAGACUUCACAAUGUUAUGUGAUCUUGAUUUGCAUGAGAACUAGAUAUGGCUGCUAUCAACCAACACUUAGUUUGAACAUUGAAAAAACUCUUUAAAGGUUAAAUAUCUCCCUUUGUUUAGGGAUUGGGUAAAAUCCUUUUGUCGGCUAAUUGCAAAUGAAAGUUAUUUCAAAAGUUUAAAAAGAAAAUUAAUUUAUAUUUCAUUGGCUCCUGUACAGCCUGAUAUUAAAAUCUUAUGAUGUGGUACAGUUGGUACAUAAUUUUCCAGUGAGAAAUUAAUUGUGAUUCACUGAAUUCCUCGUGAAAUACUCAGACUUAAAUGAAUGCAUGAAAUAAUUAACAAUUGCUCACUAAGUUGGAGAUGAAAGUGGUGGAUAUUUACAGUGACAUGAAGUGGUGGGAUAAAGAUCUUCCUCUUUAGCCCUUUAACUCCCACACAAAAUUUGUAAUUCUCCUUAAUGUCAACCAUACAAUUUUUAUAAUUUUAGUUCAGAGAAUUUAGUAUUGAAUCGACUAUUUAUCCCCACAUUGACAUUUUUCUCGAUUCUCGAUUCUCAUCACUUGUAUGGUUGUUAUCGUAUUGAUAUUGUGAGGAGAAAUUCUCUCUUGGUCACUCAUGGGAGUUAAAGGGUUAACUGACACUGAGGUGAACAAUUGUUGUAAUAUAUACUACACAAAAAACACUUAAUUCUAUCAAUGUACUGAAUAAUGUUUGAAAUUAUCUCUUUGGCUCCUUAGAGGUUAUUAGUGGUUGCCAAUCACUUUGGAACUAGCCAGUGAACGUGUGCAAAGAGCACUAGUCAUCUGUAUGGUUUAUUCUAAUCUUGUAAAAAAUUUUUUACCUCUCUACAGCCGAACAUGUAUAUGGUGAUCAAGAAAUGCACUCAGUGGUCAGAAGGCACUGUAUGGACUACAUGGUAAUUAAAGUUUUUGGAUUUAAAUUUUGAAAAAGCUUUUCUGAUAUGUAGUUUGGGUGCAUCAUAAUUUUAUCCUUGGGAAAAGUUUUCAGUAAAAGUUAGUUACCAGCAGUCUAUUGUCACUUGUAAGACCCCUCACCACCAUCUGUUUAGCUUGCAAGUACCCAAUACUCCAUCGGCAGGCACCUAUGGAAAAUGUUAUUCAAACCCCUCAGCCUUUUCUAUUUGAACAUACCAGAAUAUGUUAAGGGUUACCCUUAAAACUGAAGAUUGCCAGUUCUCUGAUGGUAUAGUUUGCUGUUAAGUGAACCUGGAUAAACCCUGCAUGGGUGAGUCAGGUAAGAGGUGGCAGCAGGCAGUAACUUUACACUCGCACACGGAUUCUUAAGUUUAUUGUCAUACCCUAAACAAAACAGUUUAAGUAGUAAGCAACCAUAGAAGUUUGGCUUUUUUUCAGGUUGUUUCAGAUUAAUGCUAAUCUUUUAACCCUUCAAUUUGAACAAGUGAUCACGACAAAAUUUCUCCUUAAAAUAUCAGUACAAUACUAUGCAGACAAGUGAUGAGAAUAAAGAAAAAUAUAAGUUAUGGGAUUAUUCAUUGAUCCAACACCAUAAUUAUCCCCACUACAAGAAUAUUAUAGCAGACAGUAAGGAGAGUUACUAUUGAGAUCUUGGGAGUGAAAAGGCUUCCUUCAAAACUGAAAGUUGGCAAUUCUCUGUGAUGAUUGUUUGCUAUUAACCCUUUAAACCCUGGGAGUGACUAGCAUCAAAUUUCUCCCUACAAUAUCAUCCCUGAGUCUCGCAUUAAUGUUAUGAGAAUAAAGGAAAUGAUCACCAAUGAAAGAAGCUUUUGAUUUAAAGAGCAGUACAGAGAAUAUGCAUACUGAUUUUAGGGUGUAAAGGGUUAAGUGAAUCUGGAUGAACUUUAUAGUGGAGCUCGCAGAGCAUAGCCCCAAAAUUAUACAAACUAGUAGUAACCCAUCAAGCCGAAAAAAUUUAGAUGUACAACCAUACGACCGUACAAGGUGCUACUUUUAACUUACGUGGUCAACUGUACCGCAGGCACGCCAACGCCACAGCUUUGUUCAGUAGUCCAGUGGUCAGUGCACUGGGCUUUGAGUUGGACAACCCAGGUUCUAGUCCUGGCCAGGGCAAGGUGUUGUGCUCUUGAGACAUGCGGGAAAAAAAAAUGCGAGCUCCUCUUGGGAGGGAAAGGAAGGAAUGGAUUUGAAUCCUGUUGAAGCUUGAACUUUUUCAGGCUUCUUUUCUAUUCUCUGCAGGGAUCAGUUCUUUAGUUAUACCUUUUCCCUCAGGUCAUGGGGACCAUAACCUUUGUAUUUUAGUGUGGUGUAGAACUGAAACACCUGCUUCGUUUGACAUUUCUUUUUUUUGUCUGAUUCUAGUUCAAGAAUGAAGACUACUUCUCUCAGUAUGUCACUGAAGACUUUAAAAGCUACAUCAAACGUAAACGUGAAAAUCAUUGCCAUGGAAACCACAUUGAGAUGCAGGCUAUGUGUGAGAUGUAUAACAGGACAAUUGAAGUUUAUCAGUAUAGCACAGGUUUGUCAUACCAGUCUAUCAAUUUAAAGCUUAAAUUUAUAAUUUACCUUUGAUGUAUUGUAUUAAUUAGUAAGAAAUAACUACCCAGACUAGUUGAGACCACCUGCAGGUUCAUGCUUUGACUAAACUCAUUUUUAAAGAAUUAUACAAAUUGAAGCUUGAGUUAAAUGAAAUUUUAGCCAAAGAAGAGGUUUUGGCUCAUAGGUGAGAGUUUUUGGAAUGAAGACUACUUCUCUCAGUAUGUCACUGAAGACUUUAAAAGCUACAUCAAACAUAAACAUGAAAAUCAUUGCCAUGGAAACCACAUUGAGAUGCAGGCUAUGUGUGAGAUGUAUAACAGGACAAUUGAAGUUUAUCAGUAUAGCACAGGUUUGUCAUACGAGUCUCAGCUUAAAGCCAGAAAAUUAUGGUUUAUAUGAAGGAAGUGCAAAAUGUGAAUCAAGUUUGAAUUUCUAUUUUUCUUCUGCAGAACCCAUAAAUAUUUUCCACAGUUCUUACAAGACUGAUUAUGAACCAAUCCGCCUCAGUUACCACAAUGGUGUGCACUAUAAUGCAGUUCUUAAUCCUAACAAGCCAUCUGUUGGUGUAGGACUCGGACUUUCUGGUUACAAACCAUGGGUAAGUGAGCAUUGCGCCAUAAGUAUAUUUCUCAGUUGUCAUUUGAUAUUUCCUUACACAUGUAAGAGUGUUACCUUGCUGAUCAUGUGCUAAACAGAAAAUAGUAGUCAUUACCUGAUUCAGUGAGUAAUUUGAAUGCAAUCCAGAGUAAUAGUUAAUGGUAGAGUGCGCUUGUCAGACUGAAGAAGUUUGAAAGGAGUGUCAACUCUUUACACCCUAACAUCAGUAUGCAUAUUCUCUAUACUGUUCUUCUAACAUUUCCUAAGGUGCUGAGAAGGAGAAUUUGUUUAAAAAUCAAGAGCUUCUUAAAUUAAUGAUCAUUUCCUAUAUUCUCAUAACCUUGAGGUUUGACUCAGGGGUUAAAGUAGAUGCUAUCACUCUCAGUGGUUAAAGAGUUCAUGUUGUCAGGGGUGGUAUCUGUUAUUUCAUCAACUUAAAGUCACUGUCGGAUUCAAGUGACGGUGAUAAUAACUUCACAUUGACAAACCAUUUGUCUUGCAUAGAACAGUCCUUCUGGAAUACCCUUACUUGAAUGAUCACACUGUAUGAUCUUCAUGUUGGAAUUAUUAAUGCAUAUAUUACCCUUAUUUCCUCAGGGCACCCUGGUAAAUGAUGCAUUCAAGCAGUCAGAAGACUGGCAAAUUGAACAGGUACUUUAGCUUGUUAAAAUUUCACUUUAUAUAUUGCACUAACCAAGUCAGUUUCAAAAGAUGAUUGUUAUUGUAAAGUUGGGGUAGGUUUCAGGGAAGAAUAGAAGAUAUGGUAUGUUCAGAUCUCUCAACAGAUUUAUUGUUGUGCAAUUUUUUCUGGCCGAAUGAAAGAUGAAAAAUACUAAAUGUUCAAUUUGAAUUUAAUAGACUGACUUGUCUGUUUUUUUUUAUGUUGUAUUUGAAUUUUAGCAAAUGUUAGCAGAUAAACUGCGUUGUACUGACUGGGAAGCAACAAAUGAGGCCAUGGAAGAAGCAGUAGCCAGGGAAUCAUUCUUAGAAUUCCUCAGAGAAAGAGAAAAACGAUCAAGGGGAACUAGAACAUUGGUAACAUAUUCCUGAUUUCUUUUUUGUUUUCCUAUCCAGUGGAGGGUCUAGAUAUUUUUAAAUUACAUCCCAUGUUCAGUUAACCCCCCAGGCCACCUGUGGUUAAUGCAAAAAAAGUAGUUAUGGUUCUCAAAUGUAGCUCAUUAAAUAUUCAUUUAAAAAGUGGGACCAGAGAAACAAUUCCAGAUAAUCUAAAAAUCUUGAUAAUUGAUGUCUGGAUAAUCAAGGUUUGACUGUAUUAAGUAAUAUCACGGAACAUUAUUUUACCCAAAGUUCAAUUGAGUCAGAAUGAACAAAAAUAGUUGGUAUGAAUCUCUGCACAAUUUAAACACAUGUCUCUUUCAUAUCAUUACUUUUAUUUGUCUUGAGUUCCCUUUUCAUUUUACACAUUCUCCUCUUCUCUAAAAAUUUUCAUUUUACCUCAGAAAAGAACAGAUUUACAAAUCAACUUUGUGCCACUGAUUGUUUAAAGUAUCCUCAAUACUCUUUUCUUUUUUCAGCCGUGUUCUAGUCCUACUGCAACCAGCAGUACAUCAACAUGCACCGAGUCUAAGCGUCCAACAUCCCCUCAUCAUAGAGAACGUGAACGUGAGGCUGCAGAAAGUGCCCCUCCCAGCAAAUCUCCACGUCAUUCUCCCAGUUCACCCAGGCAUGAGACUUUGGCAAGUGCAUCUUCAUCAGAAACAAAAUCUAGCCCUCCAGCAAGUAAUGCAACGAUGACAUGUACUGUUAGCAGUGUGAAACCAACUUACUACGAUUCCAAGCCGGGAUGUUCGACAGAGUCGUCUAAUCCACCCUCACCCCCUGGGGCUACUGGUGGGUCAGAUGGUCCAAAUUACCUAGACUUCUUACCUCCCAACGGAUAUGGUAAGAAUUAUCGCUGAGAUGUCUUUCAGAGUGCAGGUCAGAGUUGUUUGAUUCCACAUGGUCUAAACAUUGUAAGAAAUAUGUGGAAUGAUGCAGCUAUGAUCUUGUUUGUGAUUAAAUCUUUUGAAAAUAAGAGUGGUUUCACAUGAUGUCACAGCAGCAAUAUUGGUAUUACAAAGUAGGCUUGUGGGAGUUCAAUUCUUUUUUUAUGAAAAUUCUUUCUUCUGCUUCUAUGGGAAAACAAGAUAGUUUGUAAGAUGAGUGAAAAGGCUCGACUAUAGCCUUAUGGGCAGAUAGGUUUCCAACAGGUUUCCAAAGAUAGGUGAAGCCCUUUUCCUUGGACUACAGUAGAUUGCUUGCAGUCAAGUCUGCAAAUAUCUCUGGUGAAGAAACUGAUAGGUUUAUACAUGGAGCUAGGUCUAUCCUCUCCCCUCCUAUCUCUCUCUCUCUCAAAAAAAAAAAAAAAAAAGAAAAAAGAAAGAAAGAAAUAAAGCCUGAGAGAGAACAAACAUAGUGGAUCCUCAAUGUGUUUGUGUAUAGUCUAGGGAAAUUUUGUGAGAACUGGCUUGGUGAUUGCCAAUCAUUACUUCUCAUUGUUCUUUAAUACAGAACUAUGGGGAAUUCAUCAGUCAAAUAAGAGCUGUAGGGAAAAUUUUCCUGGUAACCAUAUGGUGCAUAUUGAUUAAAAUUCUGUUUGUUUUGAGGUGGUAAUCUUUCCAUUGCACCUCUUGGUUUUGCAGGUUUUUCCAAAUGGGAAGACGAAAGUAUUCUGGCAGCUGUCUUAGCAGAGUCUCAAAGAGAAUACUUCGACAAACUUAGAAAGGGUGCUGCAGGGAAAGACAAGAGUAGUGAUGAUGAUUGCAAAUCGUAGCAGUUUUACAAAGAUGAUUCUCAUAGAAGACUAUGUGAAAAACUGUUUAGAUGUGUUAUGCAAUAAUUGUUAUUUUAGUGCAGAUAUAGUUAUUGUUUGUAAAUUGGGUUAUGGUUUGAAAAUUGGGUAACUAGGAUUUUCAGUGUGGUAAAUAUUUUCAAUUCAAGUGUGACACUUGAUUUACAAUGCAAAAUGAACUGUUAAAUGAAUUUGGUUUGUUUGGAAGGAACUUGAGAAGAUCCUUGAAAAGUCCUCUCCAUUUAAAUUACCCUUUCUAGGAAAAAACAUAAUGAUUUAUGUAGUUCAUGUAUAGUGAUUACUUUUCUCAUCUUUCAGUGAUGAUUAUUAUAGACUCAUUCGAUUGAAAUUUUGUCUAAUUCCUUGUCCAGCCCUUGAUCCCUAAAAGGGGCUAGCAUCUAACUUCUCCACACCAUAUCGCCCCUGAAUCACAUAUGAAGGUCAUGAGAAUAAAGGAACUGAUCACCAAGUAUAGGAGCUCUUCAUCGCUAAACGAUUUCUCCUCAUCAGCACCUUAAGAGGUGUAUGGAGAACAGUGUGGAGAAUAUGGAUACUGAUGUUAGGGUUGAAAAGGUUAAGGACAGAAUUGGUAAUAUUUCAUUUUAUCAUCUAUUGUAGACAUUGUUUUAUUUUCUGUUUUUCUUUUUUUUUUUCCAGUAUAGUCAGGCAUAGGAUUUUAACUCUACUUGAAAUUCAAAAGUGACAGAUUUGCUUAGGUACACAAUGGCUUAUGUAACGGAGAUUUCAGCAUUUUUUUAAAGUGUUGUGAAAUGGUUGCUCUUUUGUUUCGGUUUAACUGUUGUUAUCAUCAAGGUAACAACUCUUUGUUAGUUGGUGACGGUCUUAAACCCUGUUACGGUCAAGAUGUGAUGCGUAAUUCUCCCUUUCAGUCGCCGUAAAUUUUUCUUACAACUGAGAAGGGAGAAUUUGGUGUCACACCGAGAUGACACCCUUCAGUUGAUACAUGUGAGUUUAUCUUUUCUCAUCAACUGUGUUACAGAUACGGUAUGAUCAUAGAAAGGAAAAUUUACAUGUUAAUCAGGUUCAGUUGUCGGCAGAAGGGAGAACACCGAGAUGACCCUUCAGUUUUAUGAGUUUAUCUUUUCUCAUCAACUGUGUUACAGAUACGGUAUGAUCAUAGAAAGGAAAAUUUCCAUGUUAAUCAGGUGGGGGAGUAAAGGGUUGACUUGAAGAGUCGGCAGAGAAAAGAGUGAAACACAUAAGGUUACAGAGACUGAGCCUAUUGAUCCAACGGGUAGGAGGAGACGGGAGAUGGGUCAGUAUCCUUAGUUCGUUGCUAUGGUAACCAACCGCUGAAAAUGAGCUGUAAGAGCCAUGUAAAUGCUAAUGCAAGAGGAACAGCGCUAACGAGAUUGUGAAAUGUCAUCUUGUGGGACGGUGGACUCAAUGCCUUAAAUUAAAGGCUCGGACGUGUUUCGGAUACUUUUUGUGAUUUCUCAACGUAGACAUGUCCAAUCCACAGAAUCUUUUGGUUCCAGGCUUGGUUUGCAACAGCUAUCCUUGCCAAUAGUAAUGGAGAUUGUGCGAUGGUAAACUCCCCAGAAACUGAACUGGUUCUUUGGAUAGUUUAUCGUUGAGUUCAUAUAAGAGUAACUAGUACAGAGAGUGAAAACUGUUUUAUAUUUCAAAGAGCAUGAUACUAUCUUAGCACCUUGAGGUUUUUACAGUAAUUCUGGGUUAAAGUGAAAU